GCGUGUCACCGAGAAAGCCGUCCGGCUGCGGGGCGCGCCCCGCGCGGAAAUCUUAGGAAAGUCAAGUCUGAUCUUGCCUGGUUUUGCUGGAGGACUUUCAUGGAGGUUUCAGAAAAGGCCUUGAUUGUUUUGUCUGAAAUCAAAGAUGGAAAUAUACACCUGAGGAAAAAAACACUUUAAAUCUGCUUUGUCUGUAUUCAUAUGGAUGAAUCCAGGAUGUUCCAAGAAAACACAUCUGAUAAUUACUUGAAUUCAGUAGCCCCAAUUUGUGAAGAUGGUGCUUUCCAAAAGAAAGGGCACAGUGCAAGGAUCCUUAGCCCUGAAGAAGCUGAGAAACUGGCAAGAGAUCAAGCUUUGGUGUCUGACUUCAAAAAACUGAAACUGGAGAAAGAUGCACAGAAGAACUGGGAUCUAUUUUACAAAAGAAACAGCACAAACUUCUUUAAAGACAGGCAUUGGACAACUAGAGAGUUUGAAGAUCUAAAAGCAUGCCGGGAGUUUGAAGAUCAGAAACUGACCAUUCUUGAAGCAGGCUGUGGAGUUGGAAAUUGCUUGUUUCCACUUUUAGAAGAGGACUUGAAUAUCUUUGCUUAUGCCUGUGAUUUCUCUCCAAGAGCUGUUGAGUAUGUAAAGAAGAACACUUUAUAUAAUAUUGAGAGAUGUAAAGUAUUCCAAUGUGAUCUGACCAAAGAUGACCUUCUGGAAAAUAUUCCAGCGGAUUCUGUGGAUGUUGCCACAUUAAUAUUUGUGCUUUCUGCCAUUCACCCUGACAAGAUGCACCUUGCCUUGCAAAAUAUUUAUAAGGUAUUAAAACCAGGCAAAUGUGUCUUAUUUAGAGACUACGGGCUCUAUGAUCAUGCAAUGCUUAGGUUUAAAUCUGGCAGCAAACUUGGAGAAAACUUUUAUGUUAGACAAGAUGGGACAAGAUCAUAUUUCUUUACUGAUGAGUUCUUGUCUCAUCUCUUUAUGGCUGUAGGAUAUGAGCAAGUGGUCAAUGAGUAUGUGCUACGAGAAACUGUGAAUAGGAAAGAAGGCCUGCGUGUUCCAAGGGUUUUUCUUCAGAGCAAAUUUCGAAAGCCUCUAAGUGAAGCAUGAGUAUUUGCUAAUGAGCCACAGAAAUGCUUGUUUAAAUGGGGCGGUGAG